AUGACACAAUUUUUACCACCAAAUUUACUUGCAUUAUUUGCACCACGUGAUUCAAUUCCAUUUUUACCACCAAAUGAUAAAUUACCACAUGAAAAAAAACGUUUACCAUAUGGUGGUUUAAUUGAUUUUAUGACUAAUUUUGAAGCUGCACAUGAAACACCACCACCAACAAGAAUUGAAACAAAAGAAGAACGAGUUAUUAGACGAGCACGUGAAAAAGCUGAAAAAGCAGCUCUUCAACUUGAAGAAAAUCUUUCUUUAUGGGAUCCAAAUAAUAACGAAGCAGCUACAACCGAUCCAUACAAAACUUUAUUUAUUGCUCGACUUAAUUAUGAUACAUCAGAAACAAAAUUAAGACGUGAAUUUGAAGUAUAUGGAAAAAUUAAAAGUAUAAAUUUAAUACAUGAUACACAAACGGGUAAACCACGUGGUUAUGCAUUUAUUGAAUAUGAAAAAGAAUCUGAUAUGCACGACACGCAACAGCAUCGAUGCGUGUGUGAGAUACACUCAGUUGUUUUGCUGAAACCAUUUAUGUACGUAUAA